GAAAGUUAACCAGUUGUUGUCGCCACUGUGCUUUGUGCUCUGCCUCGGAUGUUUAGGCGCAAGAAAUUGGGAUAGUCCUUACUGUGACAUUCGUCCUUGUUAUUCCAUGAAUUUGCCCUGUAAUAAUAGUGGCGCAAUGUUGGAAUGCCCCGACUCUAGCAGGCUAUUGAAAGAGCGCGACUUCAGAGAGGAUCUUGAGGAAACAUUUAAUACGCUGCGUAAUGAUGUAGCCGGUGGCAAAAUAUAUAGAAAUUUGCCGCCCGCAGCGCGUAUGGGUAAAAUGUCCUGGAACACUGAAUUGGCAGAAUUUGCUAGACUCGACGUCAAGCGCUGCAGAGUCGCUCCCCGACCCUGGAUAUGCUCGCAGAAAUUCUAUGCCGUUGGCCGACUAGCCGAACUUUAUGGUUUUCAAACCGAUAAUCUAACCUCGACCAUAUUCGAGACCCUACAGAGCAUGGCAAGUGGCUGGAUGUCUCGGGUAAGCAGCAUAACGCGAUACCAAUCAUUACACUUGCCCUCCAAAUAUGAUGAAAGUACAAACAUUUUGCAAUCUGCCCUGCUACUGAUCGAGCAUAAUACGCAUUUCGGGUGCGCCGUACUCCACUACACGAGUAACCUGUAUACGUAUUUGAUGCUCAGCUGCGUCUUUGGCGCCGACACUCAGGAUGGGCAACGGAUGUACAACUGGGGCGUAAGGCCCGGCAUCAAGUGCCGACAUCUAGACUCGACAUAUCAAAAUCUCUGCUCGAGUGAAGAGAAAUACAGUUACGAACAUUUAUAUAGAAAAAUGGAUUCAGUUAGAAUGUCGAAAAUAUGGUAGGCCGUAAUAACCACGCUUGAGAUCAGAUACCGCUUAUAGCUAGAAACUAGAACCUAUCCGUUAAUACUAAAUUAAUACCUUUAUUAACUUGCAUUUAUAUAUCAUUCGUUUUUUUUAACUUUCUCUGCUAGCCUUAAGCACAUUUAUCCACAUCAAUAGAUUAUAUUUCUGUACCAAGUUUUGUAUGAUUUAUAAAUUCAACCAAGCUUUCAAAAUCUGCUUUCGGUUGUCAUCUUUUGCAAUAAAUUGUUCACAAGCCCAAAUCAA